CCAAUUUUUGAACCUGAUUUUCAACUCGAUUUGAAAAGAUCUUUUACAAUAUCGAAGCCUGAUACCACCAUAAACCAGUCGAUUCUUCUACCGUCUAAACCGAUAGUCAUUGACCUUCCACUACUCGUUCUUUUAUUUAAUAAAUUUGAAAGAAUUGGCUCUCGUGACCUUUAAAGUAUAAAGAAAACGGGAAACGAGAGUCUUGUUUCAACAUCUAGAGAUUGGAAUUAUUCAAAUAUGGCAAACCCAGAACCGACUCCAACCCUCCAAGAGCGGAUAGAAGGGUGGGGAAAUUCCUCCCUAGCUCCCACGGGUCUCGCAACCCUAAUAACGGCCUUGCAUUUCCGGCCGUUUCAAGUCCGGCCCAUGCUUUUCGUGCCUAUUCUUCUCUUUUCCAGCUACUCGAACCUACAGGGCUUCAAAAUGGACAGUGCUGGUAUGACUGCCGCGGCGAGCGGUACUUAUGCUCUAGUUGCUAUGAGAAGACGACCAGUUAAAUUCAUGAGUCGUUUCUCUAUAAGGGGCAUUGUAAGGGGUGCCGCUGUUGGUCUGGGAAUCGUCAACGCGGUAGCUGCUAGUUGGGUGUAUAUUAAUGGCGAUCGUGAGAAGGAAAAGGAUGAGAGGAAGAAUAAUCCUCGAUGGGUUUAAUAGAUCAAAUCAUUAGCAUAAAACAAGACCUAUU